UCAUGCUGCUGCCAGGUCCAGAGUCUGUCAUGGGUCCCUGUACGGCCUCCCAUUGCUGCUGUCUCCAUCGCCACACUCUGCCAUGUGCCACUUUCAGGUCUCCUCACACUGCUGGUGUGUUGAAUUUUUUGACAUAGGGUGCUGGCAGAUUACGGGCCUCCUAUAGCUGCUGCCAGGCCCCUAAUCUGCCAUGGGCCCCUAUAUACCGCCUCCUCAUGCUGCUGCCAAGUCCAGAGUCUGUCAUGGGUCCCUGUACGGCCUCCCAUUGCUGCUGUCUCCAUCGCCACACUCUGCCAUGUGCCACUUUCAGGUCUCCUCACACACUGCUGGUGUGUUGAAUUUUUUG